AUGCAGCUGAGAAAAAGUAUCACGGUGCCCACUCGCUUCGAAGAUGAAGUCCACGCCGCAUCUCAAAAUCGUAAUAGAACAAAGCCAACUUCUGCAAUGUUACUCAAAGCCCAGGUUGUCCCCUUCAAUCCAAACAACCCUCCAGCAGCGUUUCCUUCCCUGCGGCUGACGUCUGGCAAUACGCCUGCUGCGCGAAAUACAGAGGAAUCUGAAGAGUUGGUGAGAAACACUGAAAUCUUGAGUUCACUUUCAAAUAAGGGUCUGGGUAUCAGCUUCGUUGGCGGCAAUACAGAUGGAGGAGACAUUCUCCAAGCACAGCGCCAAUUAAGUGUACCUAUCACAAUGCAGCAAGAUAAGACAUCACUCGUGGAAUCAGUUCCAGAUGGGACAAUUGCCACAGCAACCCCAAGCACGAGCUCAGAGCCGGAACAAAAUGUCGCGUGGGGUCUUCUUCCACUCUCUCUUCAACAUCACAUAUACAGAGCCCUAGCAGCUGAGCAUCCCUCGACGUCAGUGCCCAGGAUUCUGGGACUGACGGAGCAUGAAGCAACCAAGAUUGAGGAAGCAGUGGGCCUGCGGGUUUUGCAUCCAGCAUCGAUCGCAGAGAUAUGGGAUUUCUGUUCCAAAGCUAGCGUUGAAACUUCGGGAUGUCCUCAACCGUCCUCCUACAUCGACCCGGACAUAUUCAAUGAAUAUGUUCACUACAUGGUCUUUGCAAGCAACUACGAGGUAGCGUUCGAGUCUGAGGUUCGUCUUGCAGAAGAUUUCUUGUCAAGUCGUGGCAUUGCGACAGAUUUGCUUGGAACGUGGCUGCCAGAUCCGUUAGAUGGGCAGUUUGAUGGAUUCUUCAAAUAUGUCCCAGGUACAACGGGUAAAGCGAAUUUGUCGAACAGUAAUCUCGAUAUCCAUACCGAUUCAGGAUAUUCGUCCUUCUCAGAGGCCGACCAGAAUCAUAAGGUACAGCGCAGUCCGGGGCGCCCGAGGUCCAGACACGAUCUGUCUAGGCAGAAGACAAGCGGGGAGAGCAGCACCGUUCUCUUGACAGCGGCCAGUUCGAUCCAUUCGAUUGAGCAUCCCCUAACGACAGAGCGCAAAUCAAUCAAUUUGGAUCCGAGUUUGGUCGCGAGAACUGCACCUCAUUCCCUGGCUACCGUUACAAAGUUUGCUGAAUUAUCGAGCCCGGCGGGAGAUCUGUGGUCCGAUGCGCGAGAAGUCGACCAAGAAAUCGGAGCAGACGUGCCCCCACCCGAUUCUCAUGCAAUCAUAUCAACCUUCAACAAUAGCGCUUCGGGACAAGACCAAUGUCUACAAUUCGAGCCGCCAGAUGACUUGACGGCUGCUUUUGGCCCGCGUGCUAGAGGCAGUAGCCCCAGUAAGUCCUUGGUCAUGGUACUUCUCGAGUACGGAGAACAGUCGCGGGAUUCAGAAAGCGAAGGCCUUAGUCAAGGCCUCGUCGCAUUUUCAGCCGAUCCUUCGACUGCUGAGAUGGCACCAAAUCCUCACCGCCUAGUUCUCAAGAUCCAGAACAAGGACGGCUUGGCCAAAAUUUCGAGAAAGAAACCAAAGCCCAUGGACGGGGCGAAAGAGAAUUACCUUCCAAACUCUGCAGACACUACAGAAGUGUCUCUGAAUGGGACUCCGCCAUCUUGUGGGCAUUCACCGCUCAUGUGCUUGUUAUUCGAGACCGAUAUGUUUGGCUUCAGUGGAAACCCAAUGGUGACGGAUGUGGAACGACUGCUGCCUGAUGGCACGGCCGAGGUCACUUUUCCUGGGGCUGCAACCUUUCCUCAGGCUUCACUGGAGACUAGCAACACAAAGCGAAAGGCUUCUCGAUCAGAUAUUCGCCCAGAUCCUAGCAAGGUUCAACGAGUGCUAAUCAAUGUGGCACCUGUGACUCCUUCCAAAGCUAUUUUGCAAGGACACGGCGGUGGAAUCGACCGUCUUCAUGGUGAAGCCAAACGAUCUUGUGAGCUUUCCGCCGCAGAUGUGUCUCUUUCAAGAGAGACUAACAGUCCCACUGAAUCCAACCACGUAAUCCCAAGUAUUGAGCCGGCAGAUACAUUGGCUAGGAUGUUCGAGAACACUGCGCUCCUAGACACCAUGGAUCCAAGAUCUCCGUUGUCGCCAUCAUAUUCUCCGAUAUCUGAGAACGAAAACUCGGAAGAGUUUCAGGCCCGGCUCCGAGGACCAAUGACGCGUAGAAUGCGUGUCAAGGUGCCUGGGCAAGAGGAUAACCUUUCUUUGCAACCAGACCUGGCUCUUACCCUAAAUUCGUCGUUGACUUUUGACUUUCAAUCUCCUCUGGAGCUAUCCACGCCUCAGCCUAGUGGCCAUGAUGGAGAAAACAAAAUAAAGUUGGAAAAUCAUGUCACAAAUAACUCCAAGAGACUAAAAAUCAAGCUGAACUGCAAGGAACAAAGUGAAGAGCCUUCUACAAGCCGCAGCGCCGAUCCUUGUUUGCCUUCGGAGCAAACCCAAGACAAUUCUCACGCAGUGGGGAAUGAUGUGACCCGAGGGCGACCAUCUGGACAGACUUCUGAGCUUGGUCAGCACCAACCGAUGCUUCCAACGGGUGCUCGAGCGAACCGAGAAAUGAAGGCAUCUUCCAGUACGACAACAAGUGGACAAACCGACAUGUCGACUACUGAGAAAGAGACGACGCAAGACAAGACUCUCAAUAAAAAGAAACCCGGCGGCCAGAGAGGACCCAGAGGCCCAUAUAAGAAGACGCGGGAGAGGCAAGCGAGGCUUGCUGCAGAGAAGGCGAAUGCAGAAAUUGUCAAAAAAGCCUGA